AGAAGUCACUUCUUUGAGAAAUGAAAGCCGCAACAACCAUUCCAAUUUAUUUUUAAAUUGAAUCUUUGGUGUCCACACGCAACAAGAGGGAUUGCUAUAUACACAACAUUAUUGUUAUUAUUGCAUAUUCCACUUGACUAAGAUAUUCCUAUUCCACAUGCUAGUGUAAUCUCUACCACCACUCCGUAUAGUGUGUGAAAGGAAACAAUAAGGUGAAUAUAUAUAGCAAAGUUUGUUUAUAAUGAAGCAAGGGAAGGAAGAAAGUGAUGUAGUUGGAUCAAGGACAAAGAGAGUGGUUCCAAGGCCGCCUCCUCCUCCUCCUCCGCUUCCAAAGUUCCGGGGAUUCACAAGACCUAGAGCAGAGGAGAGCGUGACGAACCGAGAAAUCGCGAGGUUUUGGAGGCAGAAGCGGAUCGAGGAGGAGGAUCAUCUCCUUGCUGCCAUCAAGGCAGCAGCAAGACUUCGAGCUCGAAAUCUCUCGGAGGAAGAUUAUCUGAACUUUGAAUUGUCCUUGAGGGAUGAGAGUGAUGAAGGUGACACCAAGAAAAAAAUGGUCAAAGGGGUAGCAGUGCCAAAUGAUUGCAGAAAACAAGGGAAAGACAAGGAAGUGCGUGUUGGAAUAAAGGACUGGUGGACGAAAAGCAAGUAUGCUUAUUUGAACCAACCAGCCAUAGAUUCCAUGGAUCCUUCCAAGAAACGAAUUUCAUCAACUUAUGUUCCCAAUUGUAUGUCUUACAAUCCCAAGGCUUUGUACCCUACAGCUAUUGGCGCAUUUUAAGCCAUAUAGGUGUCUUAAGAUGUAUUUCAAUGUGAUUAAUAUCAUCAUUAUUGAUGUAAUGGUAAUGUUUCGUUUGUUUUUUUAUUAAAAUGUCAACGUGUUCAUCUUUCAAUUCAUUUCUACUGUCUAGUGGUUUGAGAUUAGGAGAAAAGAAAACAAAAAAAGGAAAGAAUCUGGAAACUAUGUACAUGUAAAGUCAUUGUAUUGUUCCUCUUCCUGGUUAUUCACCAGUGAUUAUUGAAUGAUGAAGGUCUUGUUACUUA